AAGUAAUAUUUUCCGUUAUUCACGAAACAAAUUAGCAAGAUAUGUGGAAAUCCCGUUAUAUCGUAUCAAACUGGUUCAAAAUGAAUUUAUCAAGAGUGUACUUUGUUUUGGUGAUAUUGAUUGUGUCAUUUAACGAUAAUGUCGUUUCUGGUAUCAAUGGUGGUGAUUUAAAUAUCAAUUAUAUCAAUGCUCAGAACGAAAAUGGCUCGACACUCUUGCAUGGCGCUGUCAAUCAGUGCGAUGCAAAUAUGGUACGGUGGUUGAUAGUCAAUGGUGCAAUGGUUAACAUUCAAAAUAGCGCACACGAUCUGCCAUUGCAUAUCGCUGUAAGAAUUGACUGCGUGGAAGCGGUCAAAAUUUUGGUCGAAAAUGACGCAUUACUAAGUGUAGGCGAUGAAAAUAUGAACACGCCAUUACACUUAGCCGUAAUUGGCAAUAACGAGAACGUAGCCCAGGUGUUAGUAGCAAAACGAUCGGGCAUGGAUAUCAAAAACAAGGCGGGAAAUGCCCCAAUCCACACCGCCGUUCUUUUUGGUUUCCUAAACAUCACCGUGCUUCUCAGCGAACAUAACGCCAGUUUAAAUUUACAAAACAAAGAUUUGAAUACCCCCUUGCACUUGGCAGUGAUGAAAAAUGAUUACGAAAUGGUCAAAAUAUUGAUACACAUGGGAGCUCGCCUUAACAUUCGAAACGGGCUCAAUCAGCUUCCCAUAGACAUUGCACUUGAACGUAGUUAUCUAGGAGUAAGUGCAUUGCUCCUCGAUUGUGGUACUGAUAUAAAUGCGAAAGAUAAAGAUUCGAACACGUUACUGCACGCCUCCGUGAUCAGAAAUAAUUAUAUCGUGGUAAAGCUACUCCUCUCAAAAAAGGCGGACUUGAACAUUCCAAACAACGAAGGACUUCUUCCAAUUCAUAGCGCGACCUUCGACAACAACGAGGAAAUGUUACAGUUGCUUUUAGACAAUGGUGCUAACGUAAAUAGUGAAAGCACCCGUUACGAAACCCCCAUUUUUACGGCCAUACGAAAGAGAAACUGGAAAAUAGUUAACUUUUUAAUAUCCAAAAAAGCGGAUCUUCUAGUGAAAGGUGCAGAUGGAAACGCACCCAUUCACAUUUCAGUUUUGAACGAAGAGUUAAGUAUAACCCAGCUUCUGAUAACGGAAGGAGCCGAUAUAAAUGUUAGCAAUCUCAAAAAUGAAACACCUCUUCAUGUAGCCAUACGUAGAAACAAUGCGGCCAUUGUGAAACUUCUAUUGGAUAGCAAUGCCAAUUUGAUGAUGGAAAACAGUCAAGGUGAGACUCCCUUAUUGCUUGCCCUAAGAACUAAUUGUAUAGAAAUUGCGCGGCUGAUCAUGGAUUCUGCAAAGGGCAUAAAUGGAACAGAUUCAGAUGGCAAUAACAUACUGCACCUUGCAGUAGCCAAAAAUUACAUCGAAGCAGUGAAAAUGCUACUUGAUGAAAAAGUAGACUUGGAAGCGAAAAACCACGACGAAGAUGUGCCCCUACUGAUUGCAGUUGCAAAGGGAUAUCAAGUAAUCGCCCAAUUGCUCAUCGGGGCCGGUGCCAACAAAAGUGUAACUAAGCAAAAUGGCGACAGCCUGCUUCAUCUGGUGGUACACAACGGUGACACAAAAAUGAUAAAAAUGCUAAUCGAAAAUGGCGCUGAUUUGGAAACUAAAAACGGAAUUGGAGACUCUGCCCUUAUCCUAGCGGUGUGGCUUGGCCAUAUAGAAGUGACCACACAGUUGAUAGUCAGCGGGGCCAACGUUAAUGUGAAAAAUCGCGAUGGUAAUACCCCACUUCUUCUAGCGGUAAUUAAAAAUGAUGCCAAACUCGUCAAGUUACUUCUCGAAAAAAAGGCUGAUUGUACCAUUUCAAAUAAAGAUAAAGAAGUCCCACUUAUUAAAGCGUCGUCUAAUGGAUUGUUAGAAGUGGUUUCUCUUCUGAUAGAAGGCGGUGCUGAUAAAAACGUACAGGACCGCAAUGGAAAUACUCCGCUUCAUUUGGCGGUUCAAAGGAAUGACACGGAAAUGGUCGAACUCCUGAUUGCCAAUAAAGUCGACAUGGAAAUAAAGAACGGCAUUCAAGAUACUCCGCUCAUUUCGGCCGUUUGGUUGGGUUUCAAGGAGGUGACGCGAUUGCUGAUUGAAGGCGGAGCAAAUAAAAGCGCCGGGAACAGAGACAACAAUACUCCUCUUAAUCUGGCCGUUAGUAAAAAUGACAUCAAAAUGGUUAAGCUCCUCCUCGAGCAAAAAGUAGACACUGAGAUUGCAAACAAAAACCAGGAUGUUCCUCUCAUUGUGGCCACGUGGAAUGAGUACAUCGAGAUAGUGUCUCUUUUGAUUGAUGGCGGCGCUAAUAAGAACGUGAAAAACCGAAACGCCGAUACUCCGCUGCAUUUGGCCGUUUCCAAAAACAACAUUGCAUUGUCAGCGCUUCUGAUUGGUAAAAAGGUUGACAUGGAUGUUAGGAAUGGCAUUCAGGAUACUCCACUCAUUGCGGCUGUUUGGUUGGGUUUCAAGGAGAUGGCGCGUUUGCUGAUCGAAGGCGGGGCAAAUAAAAACGUAGGGAACAGAGACAGCAACACUCCUCUUAAUCUGGCCGUUAGUAAAAAUGACAUCGAAAUGGUUAAGCUCCUCCUCGAGAAAAAGGUAGACACCGAGAUUGCAAACACCAACAGGGACGUACCUCUUAUUGUGGCCACGUGGAAUGAGUACAUCGAGAUAGUGUCUCUUUUGAUUGAUGGCGGCGCUAACAAGAAUGUGAAAAACAAGGACGGAAACACACCACUCAGUUUGGCUGUCCAUAAAAACAACACCGCCUUGGUCAAACUGCUGAUAUCGAAACAAGUCGACAUGGAUGUUAGGAAUGGAAUUCAGGAUACUCCACUCAUUUCGGCUGUUUGGUUGGGUUUCAAGGAGAUGGCGCGUUUGCUGAUUGAAGGCGGAGCAAAUAAAAACGUCGGGAACAGAGACAACAACACCCCUCUUAAUCUGGCCGUUAGUAAAAAUGACAUCGAAAUGGGUAAGCUCCUCCUCGAGAAAAAGGUGGACACCGAGAUUGCAAGCACCAACAGGGACGUUCCUCUUAUUGUAGCCACGUGGAAUGAGUACAUCGAGAUAGUGUCUCUUUUGAUUGAUGCUGGUGCUAACAAGAAUGUGAAAAACAAGGACGGAAACACACCACUCAGUUUGGCUGUCCAUAAAAACAACACCGCCUUGGUCAAACUGCUGAUAUCGAAACAAGUCGACAUGGAUGUUAGGAAUGGCAUUCAGGAUACUCCACUCAUUGCGGCUGUUUGGUUGGGUUUCCAAGAGAUGGCGCGUUUGCUGAUUGAAGGCGGGGCAAAUAAAAACAUCGGGAACAGGGACAACAACACCCCUCUUAAUCUGGCAGUUAGUAAAAAUGACAUCGAAAUGGUUAAGCUCCUCCUCGAGAAAAAGGUAGACACUGAGAUUGCAAACAAAAUCCAGGAUGUACCUCUUAUUGUGGCCACAUGGAAUGAGUACAUCGAGAUAGUGUCUCUUUUGAUUGAUGGUGGCGCUAACAAGAAUGUGAAAAACAAGGACGGAAACACACCACUUAGUUUGGCUGUCCAUAAAAACAACGCCGCAUUGGUGAAGCUGCUGAUAUCGAAAAAAGUCGACAUGGAUGUUAGGAAUGGAAUUCAGGAUACUCCACUCAUUGCGGCUGUUUGGUUGGGUUUCCAAGAGAUGGCGCGUUUGCUGAUUGAAGGCGGUGCAAAUAAAAACGUGGGAAACAGAGACAACAACACUCCUCUUAAUCUGGCCGUUAGUAAAAAUGACAUCGAAAUCGUUAAGCUCCUCCUCGAGAAAAAGAGAGUCAUAGUUACUCCCGCCAGGCGAGUUGUAGCGUGGAUGAAGGCAUCCACACAAGUACAGGGAAGGUGUAAGGCGCGUCUGACGGGGACACGCACGAGGCGAUCCGCACUCUUCAACUCCCUACUUUGGUACACGCCAGAUCACUUUGUAUCUCUGGAAUCAGAUAGUGCUUAA